AUGGCUUGUGCUGCGGUGGGCCAACGCUCUGUACACUUUCUGGGCCAAGAUGAGCAGCUUCUCGUUGAAGGCUUCACUGGGAUGGAUGUUCACAAUGGUCCGGGCACAUUUUUCCUGAAUCCAUUUACACACCGAUCAGCAACUAUCAGAAAGGCUGAAACUCUCGGGACUAUGGAUUAUGUGAAGGUGCGCCAUGUGGUGGAAGGAAAGGAGCGAAUAGAGAAAGGACCACAGCUCUUGUUCCUGGCUCCCUACGAGCAGAUUGUGGAGCGGUCACAAGGCUUAAGCGCUGAAAUCCUACGAGUACCUAAGACUCAUGAACAAAGUCACCGGAAAGGCACCAAUGUUGUCUUGGAGCUGUCAGGACCUGAUGAUGAGCUCUUAGAUGGACAGGUGAUGCAAUUGAUUGAUCUGAAAGUCCAUGAGUAUGUCAAGAUCUUGGACCAGUCGACUGGCACAAUUCGAGUUGAAUCUGGCAGCAAUGGAACCAGCAAGCAGGUCUUCCUUGGUCCUCACGACAAGGUGUUGGACAAUGGAAAGAAGAAGGCAGUCGAAGUUGAUGGUGAACACGCAGUGCUGGUUCGCGACAAGAGCUCGGGGCAGGUGCGGCUGGUCACAGAGAAGCAACUCUUCAUUCCUGGCCCAAAUGAAUCAAUUGAGAAGGUGCAAGAGUUGAUCAAACUGGCUGACCAUGAAGCAUUGAUUGUGAAAAACAAGCAAGGCGAGUUCCAAUACUUCUACGGUAGUGAUGAAAAAAGACCAGCAGGACAGCCACGUGCCUUUUUCUUGGAACCUUAUGCCGAAAUUGUCAAGCUCUGCUGGAGCAAGGGCCGGCGCAGAGAGACUCGAAACCUGUUCAUCGAGCGAUUUGAUUGUAGAGCUCAGUUCAUGUCCUUCGAGUUCAAUUGCAGAACAUCCGACAACGUGGAGCUCAUCCUUGAGGGGACCUUCUUCUGGGAGGUUGUUGAUCUUCCAGCAAUGGUGAAAAGCACAGGCGACACCUCUGGCGACCUUUGCAAUCAUGCAAGGUCGCAGUUCAUUCGACACGUGGCCCGUGUCACAUUAAAAGAGUUUAUGGACAGCUCGCACUCGAUCGCCAAGAAGGUCUGGGAGGAAGACACGGGCUUCUAUGCUUCAAGAGGGGUGAAGAUCCAUUCACUGGAAGUAACUCGCUAUCAAUGUGCCGACUCCAGAACUUCUGAAAUUCUGGAACAGAUCAUUCAGGAGACGACCAACCGAAUGAACCGUCUUUCACAAGCUGAGAGUGAAAACGAGGUUAGUCUUUUCCGGACACAAGGGCAGAUUGAGCAAGAGCGCUUGAACGGAGACCUUCUAGCCAUCAAGCACCAGCAUUCGGAGGCUGAGGCAGAAGUCGUUGGAAGAGCCGAAGCCAACAAAGUGGCAGCAUUCAUUGCAGGCCUUGAAGCCAAGGUGCCCAAGCUGGAGGACCGCAUGGCGCUGUGGCAGGUCCUGCGGAAGAAUGAAGCCUUGAGUGCCAUUUCCGAAGGCAAUGCAAGCCUCUACUACACACCUUCAGAUGUGGACCUGUCGAUUGAGGCCAAAAGAUAG